CAAUGACAUUGACAGCAGGGAAAAACAGAGCCAGCCAGCACUCAAUCAAAUCACUCAAUUUUUUAUCAAAUUAUUUUAGGUUGUGGACUGUUUUAUUCAAUCUAUUUAAAAUGGUUCAGGAUGGAGAACCUGACAAUAAUUUAUUCAGAGCGUUUGUAAAUGCUCUUUACAACACAGUAGAUUCACCUGUAACAUGGUUUCGUGAAAAGAUUGUGGAGCCAAACCAAAAAAAGUAUCCUUGGUACCAUCAGCAGUUCCGUCGAGUACCAACUAUUGACCAAUGCUACACCGACGACGUCCUUUGUGAUUUUGAAGCAAAUGUUCAGUUCAAACGUGAUAGAGCUGUUGAUUCUGAAAUAUUAAGCAUCCUAAGACAGCGCUAUGAAGAUUGUAUGCUCUAUGAAAGACCUGACCACCUCACAGUAUGCAAACCACUUUGGGAAAAAUACAAGGAUGCUGAAGAAGCAUGGUUUAUCAAAUAUGGUGAUUUAGGUGCUUAUGGUGAUGCUCGUAAGGCAUACAUGAAGCAAAAACAUCGCAUGAUUUGGGAAAGACGUUAUGGCCCACUCUCUGACAUGACCAAGUAAAUAUUUGUUAAAAUGCAUUAUUGAUCAUUCUUAUACAUAAGUAGAUAUUGUCAAAUGUAACAAUAUUAAAGUUAAUAAAUUCUAGUGAACAUGUAAUUUUUCUUUUAACCUGUUAUUUUGAAAUCGCAAAUCAAACAAAGAGA